UUGAAAACUAAUCUAUUUGAUAAGAAGUAAACAAUAAAACACAAUCAAAAUAUUUUAAUUUUUAUUAAAUAAAUAAAAUCUUAAUAAAAUAGCUGUUUAGUGACUAAUAAGCGCAAUUAACAACAACAACGCCGUAACUAAGUGAUCUCAUGACGCUUGUAACUAACAGCAGCGCUGCUUUGCGGUGUUGCGUUAAGAAAAGCUUAGCUACGUUCUGCGUUCAGCAGAUUUUUUUUGUCCAAUGCAAUGCUGAAAACAGCUGAUUUGGCUGCUUACGUUAUGCUUGGCAAGCUUAAAACUUUUUUUAUUUACGUCUCGAAUUCUUAUAGGAAUUUGUGUAAAGAAUCUGACGUAAUUGAGUUCGUUUCUUUCCCGCAGUUUACACAAGCGAAUGUACACUGCAACACGUGUUCUUCAAACGUUUUGUUGUAUUUUAUUGUUUUCUUGUUUUUGUAUGAUGCAUUUUUAUUUUAUUUGUAUUUUUUGUUUAUGAAAAUAAAUGAAAUAAAAAUGCAAAUUUGCUGUUUUGAAUUUCAUUUCCGUUUUGUUUCGGUUCGUGAUUUAUUUGGAUGAAAACCAUGGAAAAUAUGAAAUCGCCAACGCUAACUGCUUUCAAUAUCUCUACUCACCAUGGGUGCCAUUGCAUACAUAAUACACUUUGCAAUAGCGCUCGUUAUUGUGAAUAAGGAAAUAAGCCAAACCUCUGGCAUGUUGUAUCCAAGAGAGUCUGAAACGCGUGAGGUGCGCUCACUAGAUGGCAUUUGGAAUUUUGUAAAGUCGGAUGAAUCUAAUCCUACGCAAGGUGUACGCGAAAAAUGGUACAAAGACGAUCUGGGGAAGGUUAGGGAUACUAUACCAAUGCCUGUUCCAGCAAGUUAUAAUGACAUAACUACGGAGCAUGCUAUACGAGAUCAUGUGGGUACAGUAUGGUACGAUCGAAAGUUUUUUGUACCACGUUCAUGGGAAAAAGAUCAACGUGUUUGGCUGCGUUUUGGUAGUGUACAUUAUGAGGCUUUUGUAUGGAUAAACGGCGAAAUGAUUAUAAAACACGAAAUGGGUCAUUUACCAUUUGAAGCUGAAGUAACUAAUGCGCUUAAAUAUGGUGAAGAGAAUCGCAUAACAGUUCUAUGUGAUAACGCACUCAUACAGACCACGGUUCCGCAGGGUAAAAUUACCGAAGUUGCCAAAGAUGGUGGUGUAGCCAUUGUACAGACCUACAGUUUUGAUUUUUUCAAUUAUGCAGGCAUUCAUCGUUCGGUUCAUCUAUACACAACUCCUAAAACGUUUAUAGAAGAAGUCGAAGUAACUACAGAUUUAAAAGCAAAUAAUAAUGUGGGAUGCAUUUAUUAUAAGGCAAAAACGAAUGGUACUACCAGCAAUGAAGCUACAGACGAGAUGUACUUAAAUGUUGUGCUACGUAAUAGAGAUGGAAAUAUUGUGGCCAAGGAUACAACAAAGUCCGACUUGAAAGGGGUCAUAGAAAUAUCUAAAGUUCAUCCUUGGUGGCCCUAUUUAAUGCAUCCAGAACCAGGAUAUUUAUAUCAACUGGAAAUAUUCCUACACACGGCAAACAACACACUGCUUGAUGUGUACCGGUUAAAAGUUGGCGUAAGGACAUUGAGUUGGAAUAACACAUCGUUCAUGAUCAACGGAAGACCAGUUUAUUUUCGUGGGUUUGGCCGUCAUGAAGAUUCAGAUAUACGUGGUAAAGGUUUAGAUUAUGCAUUGCUAACACGUGACUUUAAUCUAAUAAAAUGGAUUGGUGCAAAUUCCUAUCGUACCUCACAUUAUCCAUAUUCUGAAGAAUCAAUGCAAUUUGCAGAUGAACAUGGCAUUAUGAUUAUUGACGAGUGUCCAAGUGUCGAUACGGAAAACUACAAUCAAGCCUUACUAGAUAAACAUAAGUCGGCAAUGGAGCAGCUGAUCCAUCGUGAUCGUAAUCAUCCCAGCGUAGUGAUGUGGUCUAUAGCGAAUGAGCCCCGAACUGGUCAAUUUCAUGCAGACUCAUAUUUCCAAUUCGUAGCCAACUAUACUAAGUCACUAGACAGCACAAGGCCAGUUACUGCCGCAAUUGCCGUUCCACAUACUGAUGACAAAGCUGCCAAACACUUAGAUAUUAUAAGCUUCAAUCGUUACAAUGGCUGGUAUAGCAAUGCUGGAAAAAUCGACAUGAUCACACAAAGAGUGAUAGAGGAAGCCACUGCUUGGAAUAAGAAACACAAUAAACCGGUUAUAAUGUCGGAGUACGGAGCGGAUACAGUGGAAGGUCUGCAUUUGCUUCCAUCUUAUGUGUGGUCAGAGGACUACCAGACCGAACUGUUUUCAAAACAUUUCAAAGCCUUUGAUAUAUUACGCAAACAAUCUUGGUUCAUUGGUGAAUUUAUCUGGAACUUUGCUGACUUUAAAACAGCACAAACUGUAACUCGAGUGGGAGGUAACAAAAAGGGUGUAUUCACGCGAAGUAGGCAGCCAAAAGCGGCGGCACAUUUGGUCCGCAAACGCUACUUUGCCUUGGGUCGGGAAAUGGAUCAAUGUAAUUUUCCAGAAGACUUGUUCACAUACAUCACCGAUGCCAGUUCGCCUCGUUCAGGCAAACGUGACGAAACGGAUUUAUAGAGAAAUUGCAAUUUCGAUUGAUACCAAGCAGCUAUAUUCCGUAAUACUAUUGAGCAUUUGUCUUUUGACUGGUUAAUAUGUAUUUAAGAUAGUCUAAUUUAUAUAUAUACAUAUAUAUUUAUAAAAUAAUGUACACUUUAAUAAACAAA